UACAGCACUGUGUUAUAAAUAUAUAGAACAUGUUAUUGUGUUGCUACUUAUAACUAAUAGACAAACAGGACGAGAAUUUUACUUCCUACGAUCAUUCUAUGGAGAACUUGAAGUUAGUGGUGGUGGGGGACGGGGGUGUGGGAAAGUCCUGUCUCCUCAUCGCUUACACCACCAACGCCUUCCCGGCGGAAUACAUCCCGACAGUAUUUGAUAAUUAUUCGGCCAAUGUAAUGGUUGAUGGGGUUCCCUACUGCCUAGGACUGUGGGAUACAGCCGGACAGGAGGACUAUGACAGGUUGCGUCCCCUGUCCUACCCCAUGACGGAUGUCUUUCUCUUGUGUUAUAGCAUAGAAAAUAGAUGCUCCUUCGAUAACAUUGAAUCCAAGUGGAUACUGGAACUCAGACAUUUUUGUCCCGACAUCCCAGUCAUGUUGGUUGGCUGCAAAAUCGACUUGCGGUCCACAUCAUCAAGAAGUGAAGAGUUUGUUACUACGGAGGAGGGAAAAGCCAUGGCCAAAAAGCUUGGUGCUUCAUUCUGUGAAACAAGCUCACUUCACCUGAUAGGGCUGCAGGAGUGUUUCUCUGCUGCGAUUAAACAUUCAGUUGACUUUAGAAGAGUGAAAAAAUCAAAAUCGAAAGGAUUCGCCGGACCACUGUUUAAAAAGAAAAAGAAGCCUCCGCCGGUGGCGCCUGUCAUGCCCCCUGCCGGUAAGGCUCCUUGGGUAGAAAUUAUGACAUCAACCUUCAGCUCUGAUUGGAUGAAAGCGUUACAGAAUCCUAACUACACAGAUGUCACCUUCAUACUGGACGGCAAUCAUAAGUUGGAGGCCCAUCGCUUGGUGCUGUGUACAGCGUCCAAGUUCUUCCAAAGAGUCUUCAAGUUCUCACACGGUGGACAGGUGAAAAACCAAUUAUCCAAAAUUGAGGACGAACCUUUCACCACAGAAGAAUUGAUAUCUGGCUCCGUGGAAGGCAUAGCCACAGUAUUAGAAGAAGACGUUGGCAAAAAACACACGACGGUACAACUCUGUGACGGAAUCCGACCGAAAACUUUUGUACGAGUUCUACAAUUUCUGUACACAGGAUUACCAAACCUGCCAGAGGAAGUGUCCGAUAUUGAAGAAGAAAUCCACGACUUAAGCAGAGUGGCGAAAAUGUUCGGGCUAGAAAAACUACAGACAAUUUGUGAAAACUGUUUAACAGAGGAGGAUUUUUUAAACCCCAGCAUUGGAACGUUCCUCAAUGACGAAACGGGGAAACGAAUGAAGGAGAUGUUUCUAAAUAACCGUGAAUAUGCUGACGUUAUAUUUCACGUGGAAGGGACUGCGAUUUAUGCUAAUAAAGUUGUCCUCGGGGCGAGAUGCGAAGUUAUGUCAGCAAUGUUUGGAGGAAGUUUUGUGGAAAGUCUAAGCAACGUAUCUGAGGUCAAACUACAAGACGUGACGUCAGAAUGUUUCUCGGCCCUCUUAGAAUACCUCUACACAGACCACGCACCCAUUGAAGAUGGGGACUCUGUUGGAAUAAUGGUUUUGGCGGAUGAAUAUUGUCAGAAGAGAUUGAUAAAUUUAUGUGAACUUUACAUAACAAAAGAAGUGGACCGAAGCGUGACCAAACAAAUAGAAAAAUCAGAUAUUGACGUCAUUGGACUGUUACUUACUUCCCAGCUCCAUAAUGCAGAUCAGCUCUCUAAUUGGUGUUUACAUUUCAUCUCAUCCAACUACAUCGCCUUUGAAAAGAGGGAGGAAUUUUCAUUGUUGACCGGAAGUAACCAGGACCAUGUAGAGGAACACAGGUGGCCGCCAUUAUCCUACUUGGAGGAAGUGAAAGAGUACGAAAAAGAGAUGGAGAAAGUUGGGGAAAAGUGUAGUAUUAUGUGAUGAUCAUCGAACUAGGACACUUGCCAAGUUCCAACGCUUUACAAUGUAGCCAAUUCUCUUCUCACAUGUUUGCCAUGCAUCCUUCUGCGUAUGGAGAGGAAAAGAACUAGAGGAAAAGAACUAUAUUGUCAUAUAAUAUAUGCCAUUGUGUUAUCGAUGUUCAGAUGGACGUAAAUACAACAUGUACAAUACGCUACAUGCAUGUACGUGAGCAUGUUCAAUAUGGCAUACCACUUCCUGGUUUCUGUUCUUGGAGUUAUAAAGUGUUAGUGUUAUUAAUCAAGUUAUAUACAAUGUCCAUGUUUUGUAUUCUCAACAAUAUGGAUUCAUUUUCUGUGAUACUCUGUUUGAUGUUGAUGACAGUAUUUGCUCUAAUUAAUGUGCAGUGUAUUCUGGAAAGAAUAUUAAAAUAUCAGAAAUUUGAAAAAAUAAAUCGGGUCAAAAUCGUACAUUAAAACAUGAUAUUUACAUUUUCAACUGUUUUCUCUUAUAUAACACUAUUACGAGCAAUACAUAUCUAUCAGUGUAUAAAUGCCUAUACGGGAUCAACAGAGGUCACGACUGUGCGUAUGAACAUUUGUUAAAAGUAGGUUACAGGUACUUUUACUAAAUAGCAAUACACAUCUAGGCAAGCCAUCGCUCCCGCUUACAACAGAAGUCUAUGAAUAGAUGAAAUCAACAUCACAAAAUGUAUUUAUGAUUUUAUUUGUAUUCCAAGCAGUGGACUUUCAUCAAUAAUAAAUCAUUUCUGUAAAA